AUGGCGGACGUGGAGAUGAAAGAAGCCGCCAGCUCCUCUAAGGGCAAAGCUGUGUCCAAGGACACUGGCGACAAGAAGAAGUUUGAAGUCAAGAAGUGGAACGCCGUUGCCCUUUGGGCCUGGGACAUUGUUGUCGAUAACUGUGCCAUUUGCCGAAACCACAUCAUGGACCUUUGUACGUGCAUUCGCCCCGAGGCUGUCAUCCCCGAGAGACCUCUCUUACAGCAACCUCACACUGACCAACCCUCAGGCAUUGAAUGCCAGGCAAACCAGGGCUCGUCCACAACCGAAGAGUGUACCGUUGCAUGGGGUAUCUGCAAUCACGCCUUCCACUUCCACUGUAUAUCGAGGUGGCUGAAGACCCGACAGGUCUGUCCAUUGGAUAACCGAGACUGGGAGUUCCAGAAGUACGGCCGGUAA